AUGUCAUUGUCCGUCACUAACAGAACUCAUAGUGACUCGUUCUCGUUCAUCUUGAUGGGCUUACCUGGCCUGGAAGGUGCCCACUUCUGGCUGGCCUUCCCCCUCUGCGCCAUGUACCUUGUGGCAGUGGUGGGCAACUGCACGGUGGUGCUUGUCGUGAAGGCGGAGCCAGCCCUCCACACGCCCAUGUACUUCUUCCUCUGCAUGCUGGCAGCCGUGGACCUGGCCCUCUCCACCUGCACCAUGCCCAAACUCCUGUCCCUCUUCUGGUUUGAUUCCAAGGAAAUUGGCUACAGGACCUGCCUCCUCCAGAUGUUCUUCAUCCACUCUCUGUCCGGAGUGGAGUCCACCAUCCUUCUGGCCAUGGCAGUGGAUCGUUACGUGGCCAUCUGCCACCCCCUGCAGCAUUCCUCCAUCCUCACCAACGCAGUGACGGCGAAAGUGGGAUUGGUGGCCGUGGUGAGAGGGGUCGCCUUCUUCCUUCCUCUGCCCUUUCUGAUCAGCCGCCUGCACUUCUGCGGCUCCACCAACCUCACCCAUUCCUAUUGCCUCCACCAAGAUGUCAUGCACCUGGCUUCGAGCAACAGCACCACACCCAAUGUUGUGUAUGGCUUGGCUGCCAUUCUCCUGGUGAUGGGUCUCGAUUCCCUGCUCAUCUUUGUCUCCUACGUGAUGAUUAUUAAGACUGUCCUGCAGCUGAAGUCAAAGGAGGAGCGCCUCCGGGCUUCUGGGACCUGUGUGGCCCAUGUGUGUGUUGUCUUGUCCUUCUACGUGCCCCUGAUUGGACUCUCCGUGGUGCACAGGUUUGGGAGAGACCUUCCUGUGCUGAUUCAAGUCACAAUGGGCAACGUCUACCUCUUGGUGCCCCCUGUGCUCAACCCCAUUGUCUAUGGAGCCAGGACCAAGGAGAUUCGGAAACGGGCAUUGAGGAUAAUGAGGAUAGGGAGGGAGGGAGGCUCUCAUUGA